CAAGCUAAGAGCUGUCCCCAGUGCUUUUGUGUGCUGUGCUAUGAGCAUUGCUGCAGGGAGCCGAGGAGGGAGCAUUGAAAAGCUGGAAAACCACGACAUGAGUGCAGUGACCUAUGAUGACGUGCAUGUCGACUUCACUUGGGAAGAAUGGACUUUGCUGAAUCCUUCCCAGAAGAGUCUCUACAGAGAUGUGAUGGUAGAGACCUACAGAAACCUCACUACUAUAGGAUACAGUUGGGAAGACCAUAAUAUUGAAGAACAUUGUCAAAGUUCUAGAAGACAUGAAAGUUAUCUUCACAGGUAUGAAAAAACAUCUACUAGAUUGAAACCCUAUGAAGGAUAUGAGUGUGGUAAAGCCUUUGCACAUCACAGUCAUCUUCAAAGGCAUGAUAGAACAUACACUGGAGAGAAACCCUAUGAAUGUAAUCAAUGUUGUAAAACCUUUACAUGUCACCGUACUCUUCAAAUGCAUGGAAGAACCCAUACUGGAGAGAAGCCCUAUGAGUGUAAUCAGUGUGAUAAAGCUUUUGCACGUUCCAGUAGUCUUCAAAAACAUAAAAGAUUACAUACUAGAGAUAAGCCCUAUGAAUGUAAUCAGUGUGGUAAAACCUUCACACAGCAUAGUAAUCUUCAAAGUCAUGAAAGAAGCCAUACUGGAGAGAAACCCUAUAAAUGUAAUCAGUGUGGUAAAACCUUCACACGGCACAGUCAUCUUCAAUGUCAUGAAAGAACCCAUACUGGAGAGAAACCCUUUGAAUGUAAUCAGUGUGGUAAAGCCUUCUCCCGGCACAGUCAUCUUCAAUGUCAUGAAAGAAGCCAUACUGGAGAGAAACCCUAUAAAUGUAAUCAGUGUGGUAAAGCCUUCACAAGUCAUAGUUAUCUUCAAUGUCAUGAAAGAACACAUACUGGAGAGAAACCCUAUGAAUGUAAUCAGUGUGGUAAAGCCUUCGCACAGCACAUUAAUCUACAAAGUCAUAAAAGAAUCCAUACUGGAGAGAAACCCUAUGAAUGUAAUCAGUGCGGUAAAGCCUUUUUGUGUCACAGUUAUCUCCGAAUGCAUGAAAGAAGCCAUAGUGGAGAGAAACCCUAUGAAUGUAAUCAGUGUGGUAAAGCCUUUGUAUAUCACAGUAGUCUCCAAACACAUGAAAAAACCCAUACUGGAGAGAAACCCUAUAAAUGUAAUCAGUGUGGUAAAGCCUUUGUACAGUCCAGUCAUCUUCAAAGUCAUGAAAGAAGCCAUACUGGAGAGAAACCCUAUGAAUGUGAUCAGUGUGGUAAAGCCUUUGCAUAUCAUAGUAGUCUCAAAAAACAUAAAAGAACCCAUACUGGAGAGAAACCCUAUGAAUGUAAUCAGUGUGGUAAAGCCUUUGUAUAUCACAGUAGUCUCCAAACACAUGAAAAAACCCAUACUGGAGAGAAACCCUAUGAAUGUAAUCAAUGUGGUAAAGCCUUUGCACAGCCCAGUAAUCUUCAAAGUCAUAAAAGAAGCCAUACUGGAGAGAAACCCUAUGAAUGUAAUCAAUGUGGUAAAGCAUUCGCACGGCACAGUCAUCUUCAAUGUCAUGAAAGAACCCAUACUGGAGAGAAACCCUAUGAAUGUAAUCUGUGUGGUAAAGCCUUCACACGUCACAGUCAUCUUCAAAGUCAUGAAAGAAGCCAUACUGGAGAGAAAGCCCUAUGAAUGUAAGCAGUGUGGUAAAGCCUUUGUAUGCCACAGUAGUCUCCAAACACAUGAAAGACCACAUACUGGAGAGAAACCCUAUGAAUAUAAUCAAUGUGGUAAAGCCUUUGCAUUUACAGUAAUCUCUGAAAACAUAAAAGAACCCAUG